AUGAGGAAGCUCCGCUGCGAGGGGAUCUUCACUCACAGAGAAUACGAUGUGGUGACGGAGCACCCCCCAUACUACGUCAUUUACAAGAAAAGCAGUGGAGGAGUGUACGAAGCGAGUGACCACUUCAAUGGGGUCACUGCACUUAUUAAAGGGAGGAAAGGAGAUUAUGGGCAGCGCAAGGCGAAGGUGAUGAGCGACUUCCUACACAAGGUGUAUCGCCACGGGGAGGGUCACCACGGGAAGGGUCACCACGGAGAGUGUCCCCCCAGGGGAGCAAGAACAGCAACGCACCCUGCGAAAACUACCACCAAGGAGAGACACAUCUCCCAGUUAAUGAAGAACACCAAUCCACUAUACAUCAGAAGCGACUCCCUUGAGGAUAUUUAUCGGGGGUGCUACUUCCCCCCCCGUGACUCCCCUAAGGGAGCGGGACCGCUGAAGCUAGACAAGCGCUGCCUGUCGCACAAUUAUGUCUUACUUGACUGGGAUGAUGAAAGCAGACUGGAGGGACCCUCCCACGAAGGGGAAGCGACUGAGUGCAGAAUCGGAAGCGGCGAUGAUGGAAGCAGGGAGGAAGAUCCAUCACGGGACGAAAAAGAUAUUUGGGGAUUUAUGCAUAUAUCUGGAGUGGACUUAUUAGAGACCCAUUUUGAGGAGCACCUGAGAGAGCUGUACCAUGAAAGGCUCAGAAAGAAAGACAAGGGAGUGGCUGUUUUAUUGUCCUUCCUUCUUCAUCAAAGGGUGGUACGUAAUCUGCGUGUUAAAAGUAUGACUGAGAUGCAUAUAGCGAAGAAGGGGAUGUCCUCAGGGCAGAGUCCUAAGAACAAAGAUCAGUUGAAAAAGGGAAGGGGACUCACCAAAGAAGUCCUUACCCUCUCCUUCGAUAUGCAUGCAAGGAACAAUCACUGUGUGGAUCAUUUGUCAUUCCUUAUGGAUAAGUUCCACUGUGAGGAUGUUACAAAUGGAACCUUUUUUACAAACUCCUUCUUGAGUAAGCAGAUGUAUGCUCAUUCGAGGAGACUGAAGGAGGAAGUGCGUUACGAGAAUGUUACUUUGGUGGAGGGACUGAAAAGGGGAGUGUUUCUCCUGUCAUACUUGUUUUCUCAAAUGGGGAGGGCCAACCGGCUAGUGAGUAGCGACACCUCAUACGGAGGAGCGAGACGAAGUUACACCAUCGGGGUGGAAGACAGGGUUGUCUAUAUGCCUACCCUCUUUCGGGACCACCUCUACUUCCCGAGUGAUUAUGUCAUAUAUUGGGAGGACUCCAAUCAUCUGGCACGCCAGAGGACCGUCGAUAACGUCACCGUGGAGAAGAAGUUCAAGGGGGAGGGCAUGAAGCGGGGAUGCAGAGUAACCGUGCGGGUGGCCUGCGAUGGGGCUGCCUGUGGUGAGGCUACUUGCCGGGCCCCCCCCCUGCGUGACUGCAGCGCCAUCGUGCUGGACCUGCACCCGAACGGCGUUGUCCUAGACAAGGAGAGACUGUCAAGCCCCCACCUGACUGCAUCCUUUGCAGACAUAGAGAGUUACAAGGGGGGGUCCCCCCACACUGUGACGAAGUAUCGAGUGUGGCUAUCAGACGGAAGACCCUCAUCUGGCGGGUUGACACAGGGUGGGGGCGAAUACGAGAGGAAGGAUUCUAUCGGAGAUCUCCCAGGUGUGGUACCUCUCACCGUCGCGGGGGAAGAUACAACAGGGCAAGAUACAGCAGGGGAAGAUACCACGAGGGGAUCGUCCCACCAACCGUGCUCCGCCUUCUCCUUCGAUCUACUGAUUGGCAGCAGGUAUGUCGCCCCCUGUGAAGGAGGAAAACAAUUCAAGAGAGGCACCGCAAAAGGGGAAGUUCAUAUGUCGGGGGGAGAAGAGGCUGCCCCCACAUAUCAGGAUAACCUCUGCACAGAUUACGACGCCGUGGUGUUAUCCAACGCGAAGGUGUUCCUAAAGUGUGGAGGAGAUGCGAAGAAGGAGAGUCCCACUACACAUCACCAUGCACGGAAUGCCACUCUGUACGCAGAUGUCACACAUGUUUAUAUUAACGGGGGGGAGGACAUGCUAAGCGUCCACACGAGGGAUUUCUUUCUUUUCCUGAGUGAGGUGUCCUUCGUGCAGGUGUUAUCCCCCCGCUGGGUGGAUGAUACGCAGGGGAGGAAUAAGCGACGGGGCAAUCCACAAUGGGGCAAUGCACAACGGGGCAAUGUACAACGGGGCGGAGACGGACAAAGUGGAGAAGGAGGCAGAAGAGAGGACCCCCCCGAGUCACUCCCCACGUACUCCGAAUCCGCACACUGCCUAUCUGGCUACUCCCUCGCGAGGACAAUAAACUCGGAGAAUAUUAUAAACAGAAGAAUCAUUUACAAUGAGGUACUCGCGGGGGGCCCCUCCUGGCAGCACGUGGCCGCCGCCAAUGAUGUAGAGAUGUUGAGAUGGCCCCCCCUCAGGGACAUCCUCACUGGGGGGACGGAUUACUACGUCGACGUGGUAUACGUUCACUCAGUGCCGCGCGGGGCCGACAGUUAUCUGCACGUACUGUACGUGUCGGUGCUCACGUCCGCUCUAGUGGUCCUCUGCACGUUUGUCCUCGCGCGGAGGUUCAGCCAGUAG